AUGGCGGCGCUGUCAUGGAAGACGGUGGAGGUGGCGGUGCUGCUCCCCUUCUUCCUCCUGCUCUCGGUGAGCGCGCCUCUGAUGGACUCGCAGUCCUGCCUGCCCCCUCACCUCGUCCCGCAGGUGCUGUCCGAUCUCAGGCGCCGGUACGCCGCAGAGUUCGGCGACUACCUCAUCUCCGAGAGCCCCUCCUUCUUCCUCGGUCUCCUCUGGGUGGAGCUCCUCUUCGUCUGGCCGGUCUCCAUCGCCGCCGCCUACGCCAUCGUCACCGGCGGCCGCCGCUGGCUCCCCAAAGCCUGCCUGAUGGCCGGCGUCUCCGUCGCCACCUCCAUGGUGAGGACUCGGCUUGAAAAAACCCUAGGGGUUCGACGGCGUCUGCAAUCUUCCAGAAUCCGGCGACUUCUUUGAGCUUCUGACUGUUCCUGUUCCAGGCGGCGAUAAUGGCGGAGAUUGUGAACUCCGGCAGAGGUUCCACCAAGCUUCUGCAGAUGUAUGCGCCAUUCGCGGGGUUCGCCGUGGUGGCCAUCCUGCGAGGGAUCUUCCCAUCCUCUUCCUCCAGCGAGGCCGCCAUUGAUCCAGCCGCGAGGAAGACGAAGAAGAAGAAGACGAAGAGUGGGGAUCUAUGA